AUGCUCCUUCUCAACCAUAAGCUCAUCCUCUUGGCUUUCCUGGUGCUGGCCCUCUUCUUGAAUGCUGCCGACUCGGUCGAAGCCAAGAAGCAGUGCCGUGCCAAGCAUCAUCACAAAAACCACCACAAGCAUCACAAGUCGUCUCCAUCCAAUUCACACUCGGAUGCCACCUCGUCUUCCAACGCCUCGUCCGGAAUCCACCCGAACGGCGACGGCAUCCUUUCCGUACCAUUGCUCUGGGGCCUUGGCCGUGUCAAUCAUGACGAUGACUGGUCGCGUUUCCAAGCAUUCAAGAAGCUCAAGCCUGGUUCGGCUCCGUUUGUCAUGGGCUUCAACGAGCCCGACUUCUCCGGCUCUGGCUCGUCCGGUGUGAUCUCGGUCGCGGACGCUGCUGCUGCGUGGGAGCAAUGGCUCGCUCCUCAUAAGCAGGCUGGUGCCAAGCUCAUCUCGCCCAGUAUGGCUAUGCAGAAGGACGAAAAGUGGCUCGGCCCAUUCCUCAAGGCGGUCAAGACGCAACCCGACAUUAUUGCCGUGCACAUUUUCCAGGACAACAUGGACGGCGUCAAGGGUGUCCUGGAUCAUUUUGCCCAGUACGGUAAACCCAUGUGGAUCACUGAGUUUGCCUGCAUCAACUACCAGGGUCCCUCACCGGUCUACUGCGAUCAGAACAAGGUCGACUCGGUGCUGAGCCAGAUGGUGCAGCUGUUCGAGUCGGACUCGCGCGUCGCUGCUUACUCGGUCUCGGAUGCCAACAACGGUCCCUAUGGUGAUCUGACUCCCAACCAGGCAGGUCAAUCGCUCAGCUCAACAGGCAAGUCGUAUCUCGCCUCGGUUCAGCAAGCGAGUCAGCGUCGCCGUCGACGUGGCCUCGUCCCUGUCCGCAGGUAA